GAAAAAAAACAAGCUCUCAACUUCCAAAGAGAUCGAGACCAAACUUCAGAGAGGGAGAGAGGGAGAGAGAGAGAUUGGAGUUGGGGCUUAAAUUCCCAAUGCGAAACCCUCCUCGCUCCUCUCUCGGCGUUCAUGGUGGGUGGUGGUGGUGGCAAUCCUCUACUGGCGGAUGGAAGCCGACGAUGACGAUGACGUUUUCCCAGUGGUGGAGCCUCUGGCUGGUGUUUCGCUCUCCGACGCGCCCAUUCUCUUGUUCGUUUGCUUCCACAAGGCUCUGCGCUCGGAGCUCGCCUAUCUCCGUCGCGCUGCGGCGGAGGCUUCUGAGGAGGCGGAGAGCGAGUCCCACGGCCGCGAGCUGGUACUCGAGAUCCUGCGGAGGUUCGAGUUUCUGAAGCUUGUGUAUAAGUACCACAGCGCUACGGAAGAUGAGGUUAUCUUUCUUGCACUUGACGUACAUGUUAAAAAUGUGGCAUGCACAUAUUCACUGGAACAUGAAAGCAUUGAUGACCUCUUCGAUUCCAUUUUUCAUUGUUUAGAAGUUCUAUUGGAGGAAAAAAAAAAAUAUAUUUCCAAGGCUUUUCAAGAACUCAUUUGUUCCAUCAGCACCAUUCAGACCUCAAUUUGCCAGCAUAUGCUGAAAGAAGAAGAGCAGGUUUUUCCAUUGCUGAUGCAGAAAUUCUCUUCCGAAGAACAGGGUUCACUUGUGUGGCAGUUCAUAUGUAGUGUUCCAGUAAUGCUGAUAGAAGAAUUUUUUCCAUGGAUGAUCUCCUUUCUUUCUCCAGAGGAACAAGUGGAUGUUACUCAUUGUAUAAAAGAAAUUGUACCCAGAGAAAAAUCAUUGCAAGAGGUGGUGGUUUCUUGGCUUGGAAACAAUAAUCAACUCUCCUCUGGUACCUACACUAGGACUGGAAAAGGUGUAAAAUGUCCUGAUGGAUCUGCAGAUAUGAGAAGGAUACUCAAAUUGCAUUCAUCUAGAAGUUCAUUUUGUGAAAAUUGGAAUUGGAUAAAAGCAUGUUGUAUCCAAAAAGAUCUCGGAAACAAUCCGAUUGAUUGUCUUAAUCUUUGGCAUGGUGCCAUCAUGAAAGAUUUUCAAGAAAUUCUGGAAGAGCUAUACCAAUUAAGAAGCUCAAGCAGUUUUUCAAAUCUACAUUCAAUAACCAUCCAGCUUAAAUUCCUUGCUGAUAUCCUUAGCUUCUACAGCAAUGCCUUGAAGAAAUAUUUUUACCCAGUGUUAAAUCAACUUGGCAAUGGCUGCCUGUCUACCUCCAAUGAAGAAUUCCCCUGGGGAAGUCAAAUUGAAGGUCUACAACUGCUGCUACAAUACAAUGCUCAAAAUGGUAUAACUUUGUGCAAGUUUCUGGAGAAGCUUUCAACGGAACUUGAGUCUUUUGUGUUGGGAGUUAGAAAACAGUUUGCCUUUCAAGAAUUGGAGGUCCUUCCAAUUAUUAGCAAGAAAUGCUGCCAUGAAAUGCAACAGCGACUUCUGUACAUGAGCCUUAAUACAAUGCCACUUGGGUUGCUAAAGUCUGCGAUUACUUGGUUUUCAGUUCAUUUAUCUGAGAAUGAAUCCAGGUCCAUUCUUCGCAGCAUAAAGCAGGGAGAUUCUUUUGUAAAUAAAUCUUUUGCAUCCCUCUUACAGAAGUGGUUUCAACUUGGUUAUUCAGGAAAGACCUCUGUUGAAAAAUUCAGAGAGGAUUUGCAGAACAUUUUCAAGAGCAGAUGCUCUUUUCUAUCUGACCAAAUCAAGGACGCUUCUGGAUCUUCUUCCUUACACUCAGAUAUGCAACUUCCUGAAGGAUCUAACCCUAGGCCAACUGAGGGCAAGAACUGUUUUUCUUCAUCUUCUAGCCCCCACACUGCUAAGAAGUAUGAGACCUUGUACUCCAGUGCAAUCAAUUUGCACAUAUUUUCCCCCAGAACAAUAAAGAUGGUGCAUCCUUUUCCUAAGUUUCCUGGUGAUAAGAGUUGUUCUAGUUCCAUUAUCAAUGAACCAAAACCAGUGGACCUCAUCUUUUUCUUCCACAAAGCUCUCAAGAAAGAUUUGGAGUACCUUGUCUUUGGCUCAGCUCAGUUGGCUGACAAUGUAGGCCUCCUCAUGGAUUUCCGUCGGCGAUUCCAUCUCAUACGUUUUCUAUUUCAGAUCCAUAGUGAUGCAGAGGAUGAGGUUGCUUUUCCAGCUUUGGAGGCAAAGGGGAAAGUCCCAAACAUUAGCCACUCCUACACCAUUGAUCACAAACUGGAAGUUGAACACUUCAGUAGAAUUUCACUUAUUUUAGACAAGAUGUACGAAUUGCAAGUUUCAGUUUCUAGUGUUGAUUCAAAUACACAGGAUCAGAGAAUGGUGAAGCAUCAUCAGCUGUGUAGGAGGCUGCAUAACAUGUGCAAAUCAAUGCAUAAAUUACUCUCAAACCAUAUUCACCGCGAAGAAGUUGAACUUUGGAUCUUAUUUAGAGAAAACCUCUCCAUUGAUGAGCAAGAAAAGAUCAUAGGACGCAUUCUUGGAAGAUUAAGUGCGGAAGUAUUGCAAGAUGUGAUACCCUGGCUGAUGGCAUCUUUAACAGCUGAAGAACAGCAUGCUAUGAUGUCCUUAUGGCGCAUGGCUACAAAAUAUACAAUGUUUGAUGAUUGGUUAGGAGAAUGGUCGGAAGGAUAUAAUAUAGCAAAGGUGGCAGAGGAAUCAAGUAUCUCCCCUUCAUGCACUGCAGAUCCACUAGAGAUUAUUUCAACAUAUCUGUCUAAAGAAGUUCUUGACAAACAAAAAAGAGGAACGCUUGAAAAAAGCAGUGAUUUUCCUCAAAGAGAUUGUGUUGAUGAAAAUAUUGAGCCAUUUAGAAACUGCAAUGUGGAUGAUAAAGAAAAGGUCCUCAAUAUAGAUCAAAAUAACCACGACUGUUCAGAAUGUACUAAACUUUUUACUGACAGUGACAAGAAGACAUGCAAUGAAGUAGCAGGUGUCACAGAUCAUACGGAUAAAUUGGGUCAAUUAUUUCAAGGACCUAAGAAUUCUUGGCACUGCAAACACCUUUUUACAAUGAGUCAAGAAGAUCUAGAGGCCGCAAUAAGAAGAGUAUCCCGUGAUUCUUCCUUGGAUCUGCAGAAAAAAUCAUAUAUAAUCCAGAAUCUGCUAAUGAGCCGUUGGAUUGUUGGACAACAGAUAUCCCAUUCAGUCUCAAGUAAUGGGGAAGAUAUUCCUGGUCACCUUCCAUCUUAUCAGGACCCUCUCAAACUAACCUUUGGUUGCAAACACUACAAGAGGAACUGUAAGCUUUUCGCUGCCUGUUGCAACCAGCUCUAUACAUGCAGACAUUGCCAUGAUGAGGUGGCUGACCAUUCUAUAGAUAGGAAAUCUAUUACAAAGAUGAUGUGCAUGAAGUGCUUGAAAAUUCAGCCGAUUGGGCCGAAAUGCUCCACUGUUUCCUGUGAUAAUUUUUCCUUGGCAAGAUAUUUUUGCAAGAUCUGCAAGUUAUUUGAUGAUGAAAGAGAAAUCUAUCACUGCCCUUACUGUAACCUGUGCCGACUUGGGAAGGGAUUGGGCAUUGACUUCUUCCACUGCAUGAAUUGCAAUGCUUGUAUGUCACGUUCUCUUUCAGCUCACAUAUGCAGGGAGAAAUGUUUUGAGGAUAACUGCCCUAUAUGCCAUGAAUACAUCUUCACAUCCAGCUCUCCAGUUAAGGCCCUUCCAUGUGGUCAUUUAAUGCACUCAACAUGUUUUCAGGACUAUACCUGUAGUCACUAUACGUGCCCAAUCUGUAGCAAGUCACUUGGAGACAUGCAGGUAUAUUUUAGAAUGUUAGAUGCAUUGUUGGCUGAACAUAAAAUUCCAGAUGAGUAUGCUGGAAAAAUUCAGGUCAUACUAUGCAAUGAUUGUGAGAAGAAAGGACCUACACCCUUCCAUUGGCUUUACCACAAAUGCUCUUAUUGUGGUUCAUACAAUACUAGGCUUCUAUGAUUCUGUUUCAUAGUGAGUGGGAUUGAGUGGAAGUACAUUGUAAUAAACAUUCAAAAUUUCAUUAUUCAUCCAUGAUAUUUUACCCCUUUC